GCGCCGUACUGGUUACUGGACUCGCCCGAGUCGCGUUUACCAUUUCUUAAACCCUUUUAAAGCCUCUCAAGGCUCCAAGACUAAAUUAUGAAACCAGGAAGAGCCACGAAACAUUUUUGAAGGCUGAAGGGAUAUGUCUGUCUCGUUCUCACUUUCUCUAAUCCCUCAAAUCCCUUUCUUCUCUGUAACUAACUUUGAUGGGAGUAGAAGAGGAAGUGGGCUGUUGAGAAAACCGCUGAUGGUUGGGAGUUUGGUGGUGAGAGCAGGUCCAAAGAGGAUAUCUUUCGGGAGAGAUUGCAGAGAGGCAUUACAAGCUGGGAUUGAUAAGCUGGCUGAUGCUGUUUCUGUCACCCUGGGACCUCGAGGACGCAAUGUUGUUCUUUGUGAGUCUGAGACACUGAAAGUAGUUAAUGAUGGUGUCACCAUUGCUCGGGCUAUAGAGCUUUCCGAUACAAUUGAGAAUGCAGGAGCAACUCUAAUUCAAGAGGUCGCAAGUAAAAUGAAUGAUUUGGCUGGUGAUGGUACUACCACUGCAAUCAUUUUAGCCCGAGCCAUGAUCAAGUCUGGGUUGUUGGCAGUUUCUUUUGGAGCUAAUCCUGUUUCUCUGAAAAAGGGAAUGGAUAAGACUGUAAAAGAAUUGGUCAAGGCCCUGAAGAAGAAAAGUUUGCCAGUGAAAGGGAGGGAGGAUAUAAAAGCUGUGGCUUCAAUCUCUGCUGGUAAUGAUGAAUUUAUUGGGAACUUGAUUGCUGAAGCUAUAGACAAGAUUGGCCCUGAUGGAGUAAUUUCUGUUGAGUCAUCCUCAUCCUCUGAAACCUCUGUGAUAAUUGAAGAAGGAAUGAAGAUUGACAAGGGAUAUAUGUCACCACAGUUCAUUACCAAUCAGGAUAAGUCUCUUGUGGAGUUUGACAAUGCUAAAGUCCUUGUAACUGAUCAAAAGAUUUCAACUGUCAAAGAAAUUGUUCCUUUACUAGAAAAGACUAUGCAACUGAGUGUCCCUUUGCUCGUCUUUGCUGAGGAUAUCUCCAUGCAAGUGCUGGAAACACUAGUUGUGAACAAAAUGCAAGGUGUACUUAAUGUUGCUGUUGUCAAAUGUCCAGGAUUUGGGGAGGGAAAGAAAGCCCUGUUGCAAGAUAUUGCCCUUAUGACAGGGGCUGAUUUUCUUUCUGGAGAUUUGGGACUGACACUUGCUGGUGCAACGUCUGAUCAGCUUGGUGUUGCACGAAAAGUGACUAUAACAAGCAAUUCCACAACCAUAGUUGCUGAUCCUUCUACUAAAGCUGAAAUCCAGGCAAGAAUUAUGCAGAUCAAAAAGGAUCUAGCUGAGACUGAUAGUGCAUACAUGUCAAGAAAGCUCUCGGAAAGAAUUGCUAAACUCUCUGGUGGUGUGGCAAUCAUUAAGGUAGGAGCACAUACUGAGAUGGAACUUGAAGAUCGUAAACUAAGAAUUGAAGAUGCAAAGAAUGCCACAUUUGCUGCCAUGGAUGAAGGGAUAGUACCCGGAGGUGGUGCCACUUAUAUACAUCUUUCAGAGCAGAUUCACAUGAUAAAGAAUUCUAUGGAAGACUCAGAUGAACGGAUUGGUGCUGAUAUUGUAGCACAAGCACUCCUUGCACCUUUAAAAGUAAUUGCAACUAAUGCAGGCAUUGAUGGAGACGUUGUUGUGGAGAAGACUAGAACGUGUGAUUGGCAAAUAGGGUAUAAUGCAAUGUCAGGAAGCUACGAAGAUCUUAUCAAUGCCGGAGUUGUAGAUCCUUGUCGAGUUUCAAGGUUUGCCCUACAAAAUGCCGUCUCUGUUGCUGGGAUAGUUCUAACUACUCAAGCGAUAAUGGUGGAGAAAACAAAGAAGCCCAAGCCACCUGUCCCUCAUGUCCCAGGAAUAACUCCUUAAAGAAAAGGUAAGAGUAAAAAACAAUACAGGUAGAUGAAAGCUGAAGUGGCCAAGACAGAAGCCACCAAGCUGUUUUUACAAUGGUUGCAACCAAGCCUGUGAUUCCAGGUUGCUUGGUUUUUUAGCCAGAAUGGAAACGUGCACCUUGCCAUUUAUAGCCUAAAUGAGUGUACUGAAUUACAGUACUUCCUUGUAACACUAAAUCUUUUUGUUCAUGGAUUAAAUCAGGGAAGGCCUUCACUUUCCUCAUUCUGCCUCCUGAGUCCUUCCUAGGCCCCUUCCCACCCUUUUUCUGCCUCUCCUGCAGCUGGCAGCCCCAUAUGUUCCUUCUGUGAAAUUUAGUUAGCUGUUCUGUAAAAUUUAUCUUAACUGAUGUAUUGGAUUUGUCAAUUUUGAUGAACUAGUUUUGAUAUCAAUUACUGCAUUUUGAAGUCA